AUUAAAUUACUUAAUUACCUAUUGAUUGGUAAAAGCUAAGGUUACUUAAUGCACAAAUUUAACUCUAUGCAACCAUCUCUUCCUUCUUUGGAAACAUUUUUACGGUCUGUAGGAACAGUCUUUAUACCGUUUCAAAUUUUAAAACUUUAGUAAGUGAUUAGUAAGAAUUAAAAUACGAAUUUGACUAUAUUUGCAAUUGUUUUUAGGCAUAGAGAUAUUUAAUGGUUUAAGUGGUUUAAACCAUUUUAAAAGUUCGAGAUAUUUUAUUUAAUAAAUACCCUUAAAUUGGAGAAGGCUAGCUUAAAUAGUUUUAGCAGACCCUUUCUUUACAAGGUUGCAAGAAUCUCAGAUAUUUGAGAACAAAUCUGUUACAUAUCCAAUCAAAACGGCAUGUCCGGACGUGCACGCUGGUUGUAUGCCUAAGAGCCUCUAGCAGUAUCCCUAUUUAGCUUCUCUCAUUGAUAUAAUGUUGGUGUAAUUCCAGUUAUUCUAUUAGGACGGCUUUAGUUUAAACCCAGUUUACAAGAGGGGACGCGUCUCCGGACAAUUCAACUUUCUAAAUGAGGCGGGACCCGAGGGAUUUUCAGGAGUUUUUCGGGGCUGAGGCCGAGGAAGGUGCAGAAGUCCCAAACGAGUUCAGAUGUUGCUGUUUCCUCAAGCUGCAGGUCUAUGGAAAUGCAGGAUCUAGCCAGCCCACACAGACGACUAAGUGGUAGUAGUGAAUCCCCCAGUGGUCCAAAACUUGAUAACUCCCAUAUAAAUAAUAAUUCCAUGACACCCAAUGGCACAGAAGGUGACAUGACCCUCCUCAGCACUGCAGACUGGCUGCUCAGCCCUAGCACACAGAGCCCCGCAGUUAAAACAGAACCAAUGAACAGCAGUGAGAUCACUACUACUACCACCACAGACGGGUCUUUAGACAAUUUCUCAGGAUCAGCAAUUGGAAGCAGUGGUUUCAGCCCAAGACAAACACACCAGUUCUCCCCACCACAGAUUUACCCUUCCAACAGACCCUACCCACAUAUCCUCCCUACCCCGUCUUCACAAGCGAUGGCUGCCUAUGGGCAGACCCAGUUUACAGCGGGAAUGCAGCAAGCUACAGCCUAUGCCACUUACCCCCAGCCCGGCCAGCCCUACGGAAUCCCUUCCUAUGGUGCAUUGUGGGCAGGCAUCAAGACAGAAGGUGGAUUGGCACAGUCCCAGUCACCUGGACAGACAGGAUUUCUCAGCUACGGUGCCAGCUUUAGCACACCUCAACCUGGACAGGCUCCCUAUAGCUACCAGAUGCAAGGCAGCAGUUUUACAACAUCAUCAGGAAUAUAUGCAGGAAAUAAUUCACUCACAAAUUCUACUGGAUUUAAUAGUUCACAGCAGGAAUAUCCCUCUUAUCCCAGUUUUGGCCAGGGCCAGUAUGCACAGUAUUAUAAUAGCUCACCAUACCCUUCACAUUACAUGACAAACAGCAACACCAGCCCUACGACACCCUCCACAAAUGCAACAUACCAGCUUCAAGAACCACCAUCUGGCAUCACCAGUCAAGCAGUUACAGAUCCUGCAGCAGCAGAAUACAGUACAAUCCACAGUCCAUCAACCCCCAUUAAAGACUCAGAUUCAGAUAGAUUGCGUCGUAGCUCAGAUGGGAAAUCACGUGGACGUGGCAGAAGAAACAAUAAUCCUUCACCACCACCUGAUUCUGAUCUGGAGAGAGUAUUCAUUUGGGAUUUGGAUGAGACAAUCAUCAUUUUCCAUUCCUUGCUUACAGGGUCCUAUGCUAACAGAUAUGGAAGGGAUCCUCCCACUUCUGUGUCCCUUGGACUCCGAAUGGAAGAGAUGAUUUUCAAUUUGGCGGACACGCAUCUAUUCUUUAACGAUUUAGAAGAAUGCGACCAGGUUCACAUUGAUGACGUGUCUUCGGAUGAUAACGGUCAAGAUUUAAGCACAUAUAACUUCGGAACAGACGGCUUUCCUGCGGCUGCCACCAGCGCCAAUCUGUGCCUGGCGACCGGUGUGCGCGGAGGGGUGGACUGGAUGCGGAAACUGGCCUUCCGCUACAGACGAGUAAAAGAAAUAUACAACACCUACAAAAAUAAUGUUGGAGGUUUGCUUGGUCCAGCAAAAAGAGAGGCUUGGUUACAACUGAGAGCAGAAAUUGAAGCUUUGACAGAUUCUUGGUUAACACUUGCACUGAAAGCACUCACCCUCAUACAUUCGAGGACAAACUGUGUGAACAUUCUCGUAACAACUACUCAGCUAAUUCCAGCUCUGGCAAAAGUCUUGUUGUAUGGACUAGGUGUUGUAUUUCCCAUAGAGAAUAUUUACAGUGCAACUAAAAUAGGAAAGGAAAGUUGUUUUGAGAGAAUAAUCCAAAGAUUUGGAAGAAAAGUAGUGUAUGUUGUUAUAGGAGAUGGUGUCGAAGAAGAACAAGGCGCAAAAAAGCAUGCUAUGCCGUUUUGGAGGAUCUCGAGCCACUCUGACCUUAUGGCCCUUCACCAUGCCUUGGAACUGGAGUACUUGUAGCAGCUUAGCAGCACUUUCAAACCUCAGAGCCUCCUUCUGCCCGUGGAUGAGAUGCCUGUGUCUUGUGUCAGCAUUGGACUACAGAACUCUGUGAUUUCAACAUGUUGACGUACAGCUGCAAUUGGUCUUAACCCUUGGCCUUUCAGUGAAGGGAGGAGCAUGUUCUUUUCUUCAGAACAGCUGUUGGCUCUGGUACUGCGAGUCCAACGAAAAUAAGCCAUGCGAGUGUUUGAACAACUCAUCUUUACUGUAUUCGCCACCAAAAAGAAAUAGAGAAGGAAAAAAUAAAAUGGGGGGAAAAAAAAGAAGAAAAGAAAAGGAAAUGAAAAAGAGGUUCAUACCUGUGAAGAAAAGAAAAAGGACCUGCAAAUGCUUUGUAGUUUUUAGCCUCUUCAAUGUGACACACAUCAUUACUUCAACACAGCAAACUUGAUUGCACAAUGAAGACUGAGAUUUUACAAAAUACCAGUGGAGUAAUUUUCUUAUAAAGAAGGUUUACGUUUUGGUUUCUCAUACCCAGGGUACUCUGUACAUCUUUACUUAUUUAUGAACAGACUGUAUUUUGACAUCAUAUAACUGAGGAUAUGUAUAAUAGGAUUAAAGGCUAUUAUAAGCCUUUGCCUUAUGGUACAGCUACUACUUUUGAUUUUAGCACAUUACAGAGUAGUUUAAAAUAUGUCUAAUUUAAACGAAUAGGUACAUCACUGAGACAAUCAUGUACAGGAAGAAUUUUUUGUGUAAAUUUGUAAUAAUGAAUGAUUCUUUUACAUAUUGUUAAGGUAAAUGCUAUUGAAAGAUAGUAAUGCCUUGUUGGUGAAGAAUGAGGCCACGUGUGCACAGACUUGUGCAGUGCCUUAUCAAUGUGUUGGAUAUAAAUAUGUAGAUAAUGGAUUUUUUUUAGAUAAAUUUGUCAAGACCAAAAGCAUGGAUGUCAAGUGUCAAUAGGAAUUGGGUUUUGUUCUCAGCUGUUUCUCUGCCAUUUUCUUCUCUCACCCACUCUGAUUAUGAAAAGAUUGAUUUUGUGUGUCCCCCCGGUUGAAGCAAAUACAGAUAAAACCCAAGUGAAGAGGAGGCCUUUAUUGUCUUUUUGUUUCCUCUUUUAAAGUUAACAUAUUAACUCUUUCUUAGAGUAUUAAAAAAAUUAAUUAGGAGGUCAUUCCAUAAAGAAAUAGAGAAAGAACACAAAUAUAUUUUAAGAUGUAACUUAAACUGGAACCUUGGUACUGAAUAGCUUUUGUCUCAUCCAAAAAUGAAGGAAACUAUAAUCACAAAUAUUUUUAGAAAUUAGAAAUGAGAAUAUUUUGGAGAAAUUAAACAAGAAUGCUCAUAUACAUUUAAGUUUUUUAAUCCUCUUCCACCAGGAGUCAGAUUUUCCUAAGAUAUAACAUCCAUUGCCGGCAAUGGAAAUGCUGAAAUGGUUAUCACCAAGGAGUUAAAAUUUGCUUUUGUCUGUACUAACUUAAAGGACAAACUUAGACUGUGUCUGUCUGUGACUUGUGACUUUUCUGAUCUUGAAGGCUUUGAGCUACUUGGUUAAAUAAACUGUUAGUCUGACUUUUUUUGGCUUGAAUUGUACCAAUUCCCUUGGCCCAGUUAAAUAUCUUAUUAAAAAUAAGCCUCACCUUUGUUGUUAAUUUUCUGAUUUUUCUUCUUUCAUUUUUUUAAAAAAACUACCAGCCUCGAAACAGCUACCUGCAAAGUUACAGAGCACCAAUGUAGCUACAAAUCAACACCCUUCUCUAUUGGAGGAAUCACAUUGCUGCUAGAAUAAAAUAUUUGUGGAUUGCCUUAGUACCAACAGAGAGGUUUUUAUCUUACUAAGACUUGCACGUGUGCUUUACUUUACCCAGUAUGAGUGCUGCAACUCAUGCAGCACUCACAUACGUGCAGAAAGCACAUUGUGGAUAGUUUUUAGAAUUGAGACUCAUUUUCUUUCCUCAAGCAAAGUAGACAGUGAUGGGGGGGAUUGGUUGUCUUUUUUUUUCUUUGGCUCUUUUCAAUUUUUAGUCACUUGCGGACUGAAAAAAAAAUAACAAAGUUUAUCUGGGCCUUAUUGUACAAAACGUGUGUUGUGUCCACAAUUGUGUACAGAAUUUUUCUUCAUUAAUUUUGUUUUAAAUUAAUAAAAUUGAUUUGUGAACGUAUUAAACAA